GGAAGGCCCAAAGGGGAGUAGGGGUGAAUUUGGACACAAUGGAAGAACAGGGACCAGAGGACAGCGGGGACGAGCAGGCCAACACGGGCCACCCGGUGGGUCUGGACAUCCGGGUCUCAAAGGCCCACCAGGUACUGAGGGAGCAGACGGAAAGCCUGGGUGUUCCUGGUUCAGCUGGAAGCCCGGGAGAUAAAGGAGCUAACGGUUUCCGUGGAUUAGCGGGAGAACCUGGAAAAAGUGGAGCCACUGGUUCACUGGGCUCACCUGGUCGGCCUGGUCAAGAUGGCAGCCCAGGAGCCCCAGGAGAGAGGGGUUUAUCAGGGAAGCCAGGAACUGAUGGUCCACAGGGGCAUGUGGGAAUGUAUGGUUAUCCAGGGUCAAGAGGCCUACAGGGAAGGCCUGGCCAUAUGGGAGAACUGGGUGAGCCUGGUGUAAGAGGAACUAUUGGGAAACCAGGACAAAGGGGACCUCCUGGUCCUCCUGGUACACCAGGAGAGAGGGGCCCACCUGGACCUCAGGGCCGCCAAGGUGAGAUAGGACCAGCUGGUAUACAAGGACCACCUGGUUCAGCAGGCCCACCAGGCUCUGUGGGCACACCAGGGAAACCUGGUCCUCCUGGCAGUCUGGGACCUCAAGGGCCAAGUGGAAAAAUGGGGCCUGUUGGAUUGCCAGGAGCACCAGGAGCUGCUGGGAGAGUCGGAAUAUCAGGAGAGAAAGGGCAGCAGGGAGCUCCAGGACCUCCAGGUGACCCUGGAUCUACUGGUCUGUCCGGACAGCAGGGAUUUCCUGGGCCUCGGGGGUUAGAAGGGGCACCAGGAAGAAAGGGGGAACAUGGCUCAGCCGGGCCUGUCGGGAAGCCUGGACCACUGGGCGUUCAAGGACAGCCAGGGCAACAAGGCCCUCGAGGGACGCAGGGAGAGAGAGGACCAAGUGGAAAAGAGGGGUUUGCAGGACUUGUGGGCAGCAUUGGAGAUCCAGGCCCUAAAGGACAAAAGGGAGACCCUGGGCUGCGGGGGGUCCUGGGGGAUGCUGGGCCCCCAGGAUUCUUUGGGGUCCAAGGAGAAAGAGGGCGAAAGGGUGAUAAAGGCUAUGCUGGAUUUCUUGGUCAGAGUGGACUGAUGGGGAAAACUGGACCAGCAGGACUGUUGGGAUUAGAGGGUCUGAUGGGAUUCAGAGGACCUCCAGGUCAAGAUGGACAACCAGGGCCAAAGGGUGAUCCUGGGAUUAGUGGGGUGACAGGAGCUCUGGGAGAAGAUGGCCAGCAGGGGGUAACCGGACAAAGAGGACUAAAGGGGGAGAUGGGAAAACCUGGACCACAGGGAGCUCCUGGUCCCAGAGGCUCUGAAGGCUUGACAGGUCCUAAAGGAUUACCAGGUAUAGAAGGUUCAAAAAGUGACCCAGGCAGGCCAGGACCUCCAGGAGAAGCGGGGCCAGAUGGCUUUCCUGGUAUCAGAGGGCCUCCUGGACUUCCAGGAUUAGAGGGGCUUCAAGGGAAGAAGGGAGCUCAGGGGUCUGUUGGGCCUCCAGGACCUCAGGGUCCAAAGGGCAGACCUGGUCUUGAUGGAAGGGAUGGACAGAAAGGUCAAAAGGGGAAGGAUGGCCGAGAUGGACAGCCUGGACGUACCGGGAACCCUGGACGGCCGGGAAAAAGAGGGAAAGCCGGACAGAAGGGGCCGAGGGGGACCAGAGGAGAGAAGGGACAGCCGGGGUCUGUGGGGUGGCGUGGACCACCAGGAAGACCAGGUCCAUAUGGUUUGCCUGGCAUAAAUGGAGAAAAAGGAGAAAAGGGUGAACAAGGGCCACAGGGAGAAAAGGGGGAAAUGGGAGCACAUGGACCACCAGGGGGCGAUGGAGCGAAGGGACAGCUGGGAUUUGUUGGAGAAAUGGGCAAAGACGGUCCGAAAGGAGAGCAGGGUGAUAUCGGACCACCAGGGCGAAGAGGGGACCCGGGACUACCCGGCAUGCCUGGCCUGUUUGGAGAAAAGGGAUUAAAGGGGUUUCCUGGUCUUCCUGGACGUGUAGGAAAAACAGGGUUACCUGGACCACCUGGUCCUCCGGGACCCCCAGGAUUAUCUCUUAACCUCACAAUGGCUCAGCUAAAGGCAGUAUGGAUACAAUAA